UCCCCUGGGGAAAGUCACCGAGAGGAAGACAGAAACACGGAACAUUUAUUAGGAGCGCUGGAUUUUUCAUUUAUUGUCAUUUAGUCUGUUUUUAAUGCAGUUUUUUUGACGCGCAGAGGUACAGACAUGAACCUGGAGACUCGUCGCUCACUUUCUCGGCCCUUUAGAUUGAACCCAGUAACUUCUUGAACACAAUGGUGUCCUUCAGACUCCCUUUAGAGGGAUGGCAGGUUCUCGGGGAGCUCCGCCGGAGCAUUGGAGACUCGCACCCAGACUUGUAGGCAUGCUGUGGCUCGGUGUGGCGUGCGCGUCCCUCCUGUGUCUCUUGCGCUGCUGCGGGUCCGAAGGGACGCAAAGUUUCGGCCUGAGUCGCGCCGAGGCGCCGCUCGGUGAGGGACAAUACGGCGGGACGGAGGCGAUGGGAGACGCAGACGGGAGGAUGAUGGUGAGAAGGAGGAGGAGGAGGAAGAAGAGAAGCGCAGGGGACGGCGAGGACGCGGACGCGGAUGGCUCGGCCGAGGAAAAGGACUGGCGCGCCGCGCGCCGUCUGCCGCACGCGCUCAUCAUCGGCGUGAAGAAAGGCGGCACGCGCGCGCUGCUCGAGUUCCUGCGGCUUCACCCGGACGUGCGCGCGCUCGGAUCCGAGCCGCACUUUUUCGACCGGCACUACGCGCGCGGCCUCACCUGGUACAGGAGCAUGAUGCCCAAAGCACUUGAUGGCCAAAUUGUGAUGGAGAAAACACCACGCUACUUUGUGGCAGCGGAGACACCAGCUCGCGUCCAUGCCAUGUCGAGAGACGUAAAGUUGAUCGUGGUGGUGCGUGACCCCGUGACCCGUGCCAUCUCCGACUACACCCAGAUCGCCUCCAAGACGCCGGGCAUCGCCAGCUUUGAAAGCCUGGCUUUUAAGAACAGAUCAUUAGGUCUGGUGGACUCACUGUGGAGCCCAUUGUACAUCGGCUUAUACGCACAGCACCUGGAGCGCUGGCUCGCUUAUUUCCCGCUCUCUCAAAUCCACUUCGUCAAUGGAGAGCGGCUCAUCAGCGAUCCGGCUUUUGAACUGGGCCGCGUGCAGGACUUCCUGGGGCUCGAGCGCAUUAUUACAGACAAGCAUUUCUACUUUAACAAGACCAAGGGCUUCCCGUGUCUGAAGAAGGCAGAGGGCAGCGCCGAGCCGCACUGCCUGGGCAAAACCAAGGGCAGGACACAUGUAUGCGUCGAACCUGAGGUCAUUCGCAGCCUCAGGCUUUUUUACCACCCGCACAAUCUGAGGUUCUACCAAAUGACUGGAAUGGACUUUGAGUGGAAGUGAUUUUUUUUAAUUUAUUUACAGCCAAGACAGGAAACUGUGGAGGAUAAAAUUGCAUAGUAUAAAUCUGAUACAGCUAGUACUCAAAGUGAGAGUCCAAAUACUUUAUGUAUCAAGGUUUACACACUAUCACCAUUGAAAACAGUCCCCUCGCACAGCAAUACAGUGCUCCCAGCGUUCCUGCCAAUUCUAGAAUGUUUCCUGGAAGUCUUCUUUUUGAAGCAUGCCAAGCAUAAGAUUCACCGGAGUGUCAAAACGGCAAACUUUGAACCGGAUCUUUAUCUUUGGCAAGAGGGCGCAGUCAGGAGCCAAUCUGGCGUCUAGGGUGGGUGCGGAAAUAAGAUUAUUUCCGGGAAGAAACUCACGUGUGAGGAGAGCUCGGUGACAGGGAGCGCACGUGGUCAGAAUAGCAGACGUGGCACAGAAUAGCACCAGCUGCCCACGUCAUCUUUUGGCAAAAUGACUUAUGAAAGUCGGUGCUCCCUGUGACUGCGCGUGCAGCCUUGUGCUGCCAUCGGUUGGCGUGUCACAAAACUAGUCUCGAAACUCGUACUUACUGUACAUACGAGGUGGUAUCAAAAAGAGAGACUAGUUUUGUGACACGCCAACCGAUGGCAGCACAAGGCUACACGCGCAGUCACAUGGAGCACCACGAUCACAUUAUGAUUAAAGGACUGUGUGACAUUCGAAAUUAGGUUUUAUAUGAUUGGAACCAUCAAGUAUUACUACUUUCCAGAGAUACUCUACUUACUCCAAGUGCUAGCUGAGGUGACCUAAGGUUUUUUUGAUCAAAUGAGCAAAAUGGGCCUUUUCUUUAUACUGUUAUUAAUAAAGUGCAGAUUUGUGAUAAGGUAUAUCAUAAAGAACAGGGAAAUACAAGCGAUCACUCUUUUUUUUUCUGCUAUUUGAUAGUGUACGUUGUCACGCACAGCUUGCAACAUGGGACAUUGUGUUCAUAGAUGAUGCUAAUAGAAAGCGUCAUACAUUAUACAUGCACACAUUACACAUGCGUUCAUACAUUAUGCAUCAAUCCAUAAGUAACGUCGCUCCCUUUGAAAUCGGUGGAAUCUCAAAAAGGAAGUGGCACAUGAUCUGUUCUUGCAUAAUGCACUAAAUUCAAGAUCAGUACAAGUUUUACGUCUGUAACUCUCUGUGAUUGAUGGCACGGUAAACACUAGUGACACUUGUGUGUUGCUUGCAUGAAUUUGCACUAAUUGUUGAAAAAGUCUGUUCAGUUAUUAUUAUUAUUAUUAUUAUUAUUAUUAUUAUUAUUAUUAUUUUAUUAUUUUUCCAAAUGGAUGAUGGAAAACAAUUUCAGAAUUGACGUGUGAAAAAAUCCUUUUUUUCUUUUUUUUUUGGUUAUGAAUAGUGUGUGAGGGUAAGCACAUUAACACGAUCAUGAUGAGACGAGGCGUCCUGUCAUCAUUUAUUCUUAUUCUCAACAAAACACGUGACUCGGAGUGAAAAAGGGGUACUUGUGAUAUAUCAAUCGGUGAAAUUUAAGAUCUAAAUAAGAAGUAAAUACUAUGUCCAAAUGGAUUCUGUGUAAUAAUUUAUUGCAUACAGUCAAUAGCCAAUGACUUUUUUUUUAUUACAGUGCCUCCUUGUGGCCAUUCAAGCAAUUAUUUUUGGUUUAAGGUUUUUCUCAGUUGCUUUGGAGCAUUUCUCGAAUCAUUCUUGAUAUUUGCAAAAAAAGUAUCUGCAUUUCUCAAAACAAUCUGUACAAAUAGCACAACACGUUGGAUUUCCUUCAAAAGCCUGUAUUUUUCCUCAAAAUCCCUAAAUAAGUAUUUGUGUCAAUAAUCAAAUCAUUGCCAUCAAGUCCUCAUAUCAAGUCCUUUUGUCAUUGUUUACAAACAAAAUGUUUAGUCAUGUUGUCAGUAUGAUGGCACAUGGUUUGGGAAUUUCCUGAUAUAAACUACA